AUGUCAACACGACGACUUAUGCACACAAUGAUUCGUGUGGGCGAUUUGGACCGCAGCAUCAAAUUCUACACUGAGGCCCUUGGUAUGCGUCUGCUACGCAAGUGGGACUGCCCAGAGGACAAGUUUACAUUGGUCUUUCUUGGUUAUGGCACGGAGAGUGAGACGGCAGUGCUGGAGCUCACCUACAACUACGGCCAGAGUGAGUACAAACACGGAGAUGCGUAUGGGCACAUUGCCAUUGGUGUGGAGGAUGUCAAUGAGGAAAUUGCCCGGCUGAAGAAAAUGAACGUGCCCAUUGACUACGAAAGCGAGGACGGUUUUAUGGCAUUUAUUGUGGACCCUGACGGGUAUUAUAUUGAGUUGCUGAACACGGAAAGGAUGUUGGAAAAGUCUCGAGAACAAAUGAAUGAACAGGGAACGGCUUAA